UCACGUGUCGUAACUCACUUUUCUUCUAUUAACUGACGCUUUUACCCCUACUUGUCAUUCGCAUGUUUCUUCAACACGACACCGUUUCCGUCGCACUCUCAGUAGCAGUAGCAAAUCGGAGAAUGCCGAUGGAGAAAAUCUUCAACGGAAGAGAACAAUUCACCGAUUCUUCAAACACAUUCAGUUCAAUUCUAGCAUUAUCAUUAUGGCUUGGAUCCAUUCACUUCAACAUCGCAUUAAUCCUCUUCGCUUUAUUCUUCUUUCCUUUCUCCAAAUUUCUCGUGGUUUUAGGGUUUCUGUUUUUAUGCAUGGUGCUUCCAUUGGAAGCUAAGAGUAAAUUUGGAAGAAGAUUGUCUAGGUACAUAUGCAAGUAUGCUUGUAGUUACUUUCCCAUCACGCUUCAUGUAGAGGAUAUAGAAGCCUUUGAUCCUAAUCGUGCUUAUGUUUUUGGUUAUGAACCACAUUCAGUUUUGCCAAUUGGCGUUAUUGCACUAGCUGACAACACAGGUUUCAUGCCUAUUCCAAAAGUUAAAGUUCUUGCUAGCAGUGCGGUGUUCUACACACCAUUUUUAAGACACAUAUGGACAUGGUUGGGUCUUUCACCAGCAACAAGGAAAAAUUUUAUCUCCCUAUUAGCUGAUGGCUAUAGUUGCAUUUUAAUACCUGGUGGUGUUCAUGAGACGUUUCUCAUGCAGCGUGGUACUGAGAUUGCUUACCUUAAGGCAAGAAGAGGUUUUGUUCGCAUAGCAAUGGAGAAAGGCCAUCCAUUGGUUCCAGCUUUCUGCUUUGGUCAGUCAGAUGUCUAUAAGUGGUGGAAACCAGGUGGAAAGUUCUUUCUGAACUUCUCGAGGGCUAUCAAGUUCACUCCUAUAUGUUUUUGGGGUAUUUUCGGAUCCCCGGUACCAUUCAAACAUCCAAUGCAUGUGGUGGUGGGUAAGCCAAUUGAGCUCGAGAAAAAUCCAGAACCAACCACAGUGGAGAUUGCCAAGAUACAUAGUCAGUUUGUGGAAGCACUUCAAGAUCUCUUCGAAAGGCACAAAGCUCAAGCUGGCUAUCCAAACCUCGAGUUAAAAAUUGUUUGAUAAGGCUUUAAUGUCGUCUCAUGUCUUUCAUUGGUUAUUUAUGUAUUUUCAGUUCUAUUUUAGGGAUGGGGGUUGGUGAAUGUAAUUUUGCUAUGUAUAUUGCAUGCAUACUUAUAAAAGACCAUCACCUGCAGGGUAAUUAAAUAGUCCUAGUAAUAAUGUGAAAUGAGGUGGUGGCUAUUUUUCGCUAUGUUUAUCAAUAAUUAUUUCAAUAUAACAAAUUGAUGAAAUUGAGUAUUUGAAAAA